ACCCGAGAAAGCCAGUUCAUAUAUACAAGUUUAGGUUGUACUGCUCUGGAUAUAUUUCUAUGGUGCAUUGCUGUUGCGAGAGGCAGAGAAAUGGAUUUCCGGACAGUUACCCACACAACAAAUGAACAAGAUCAUAUGGAACCUCCCCAGAUGAGACAAAAGCAACUUUCUUGCCUCCAGGGAGAAAGUGAGGAGCGAGAUAAAGGUUCUACCAUCGAGAGCUUUGUGACAAAUUUCUCAAACAUCUAUGAGUCAGAGUUGCUUCCUGCUAGGAAUGGUGAGGAGUUCACAGAACAUUUCCUUCAUGAAGUAGUGGAUAUUCUUCUGAGCUACAUCAAAAAGACCUAUGAUGGAAAGAGUAAAGUGCUGGAUUUCCAUCAUCCUCACCAGCUUUUGGAAGGCCUGGAAGGCUUCAACGUGGAGCUCUCUGAUCAGCCACAGCCAUUGGAGCAAAUACUCGUUGACUGUAGGGAUACCUUAAAAUAUGGAGUUAAGACAGGACAUCCACGUUAUUUCAACCAACUCUCUAGUGGCCUUGACAUUAUCGGACUUGCUGGGGAAUGGCUAACAGCUACAGCAAAUACCAACAUGUUUACAUUUGAAAUUGCUCCAGUAUUCAUUGUGAUGGAAGAGAUCUUACUUAAAAAAAUGCAUGAAAUUAUAGGAUGGGGAGAAUGUAAAGCAGAUGGUGUCUUUUCUCCUGGGGGCAGCAUAUCAAACCUUUACAGUGUUUUAGUGGCCCGUUAUAAACGCUUUCCUGAAAUUAAAACCAAAGGCAUGGCAGCCCUUCCAGAUAUUGCCUUGUUUGUUUCAGAACAUAGCCACUAUUCAGUAAAGAAGGCUGCUGCAGUUCUUGGAAUCGGGAUAGAUAAUGUUGUCACUGUCAAGUGUGAUGCAAGGGGGAAGAUGAUUCCAUCUGAACUGGAGAGAACCAUUCUAAAAGUCAAAAGACAGGGAAAGGUGCCAUUGUAUGUUAGUGCCACUGCUGGGACAACAGUAUAUGGAGCUUUCGAUCCUCUUGACAACAUUGCUGACAUCUGUGAGAAGUAUAACCUCUGGAUGCAUGUGGAUGCAGCAUGGGGAGGUGGUUUGCUACUGUCAAGAAGGCAUUCUUUUAAAUUGAGUGGCAUUGAAAGGGCACAUUCCAUCACCUGGAAUCCUCACAAAUUGAUGGGUGUUCCACUGCAGUGUUCAGCAUUCUUGGUCCGUGAGAAGGGUCUUCUUCAGGCCUGUAAUCAGCUGUGUGCCGAAUAUCUCUUCCAACCAGACAAACAGUAUGACAGGGCCUAUGACACAGGAGACAAGACAAUCCAAUGUGGGCGGCACGUUGAUGUCUUCAAAUUUUGGUUAAUGUGGAAAGCAAAGGGAACACAAGGAUUUGAGAUUCUUAUCAACAGAUUUCUGGAACUUGCAGAAUACCUUUAUAAGGAACUGAAGACAAGCAAAAACUAUGAGCUUGUAUUUGAUGCUGAGCCAGAACUUACCAACGUGUGUUUCUGGUACAUUCCACCAAGUCUUCGACAGAUCCCAAAGGGACCAGAAAGAGAAAAACGGCUACAUCAGAUUGCUCCAAAAAUAAAAGCAAGAAUGAUAGAAGAAGGUACUGCAAUGGUUGGUUAUCAGCCUCACGGGAACAAUGUGAACUUUUUCAGGAUGGUCUUCUCUAAUCCAGCAACCAAGAAAUCAGACAUUGAUUUUCUGCUUGAAGAAAUUGAAAGACUUGGGAAAGAUUUGUGAUAGCUGAAUUUUCAUCUUUAAAAUGGGGACCAAUGUUACACUGGCAAAAAAGCUUCUAUGUUAAAGUUUUGUAACUGCUGUUCCAUAGAUUUUGGAUAUAUAACUUAUAGAUAGUACCUUUUGUUAUAAAUGUUCAUUAACUAGUUUUAUGAGCGGUUUGCACCAAGUACGUUUUCAUUAUAAUUUCUGAUCUGGACUUCCAGGGGAUUGCUUAUUUUGGGGUGGGAUAUUACCAGUUUACCAAUUUGAGAGUUAAAUCUGUAUUUUUUCUUUGGGACCUUUAUUUUCAAUAGGAAAUCUGUUCAGGGUUCUGGGGCAGCUUUUUAAAGGCAAUGGCACCAAAUUUGCACAGAAUACAUUCCUCCCUCUAAUCUAAAAACCUCCUAAAUAUCAACCAGAUUGGACAAAGGGGAUCAAUUUUACAAACUCACAAAGUAGGUCUCUCUCUGCAUAGCUGCAGUUAUCUCUACUGAUUACUAAAAUGGCAGCAGCUUAGCAGGAGAGAUCGAGACCAGACAUCAUCAUAACCCAUACCUCAACUGCAUUCACUUCACUUCUCUUCUCUUACAGUGACUGACAAUAUAUAUUUUUUUACCUUUCCACUGAAAACUAUCUUUUUGCCAUGCUUCCUUGUUGUGGUCUGUUUAACAACAUAAGGAAUGAGAUCGGUGGUUUUUCUGUCAUUCUCUAUGGGUUACUUCUUUGGGGUGGAGGGGACUGUAGGCUGGAAUAGUUGUUUUUCAACCAAAUAUCAUCAAAAUUGAAGCAGAGUGUCUUCUGCUUGUCCUUCAAAGAACCCCCAAAUUUCAAGCAAAUUGAGAAAGGUGUUUAAAUUCUACAGGCCCCUGGUCCCCCCCACCACCAUAACUGUACAUCUAUUAUUCCUUAUGUGAGGCUUUUUUGAGGGGUAGGGAUGGAGUCGUAGUUUUUCACCAAAUGCCAUCAAAAUUGUAGCAGAGCUUUUUCUGCCUGUCCACCAAAGAACCCCGAUUUUUUGAGCAAACUGGAGAAAGAGCGAAUUCUACAGGCCCCUGAACAAGCCUAGGUUUUCUAUUUUCAGAGGGAAAGAAAAAACUCUACAGUCACUGAGGAGGGAGGAAAGUGAAUGGCAACUUUCUGAAGCUUGGGGUUGGCUUUGAGUGCUCUGUGCUCCUCCCUUGCAAGGGUCUAAUUGGAAGGGAGAAAUGUCACUGCCCAGGGAAUCGGUAGGGGAAAAAAAUGUGCUGCUCAUGCUGUGUUGCUGGUAAGCAUCAGAACUUGAAAAAAGAGAAUUUUUUCAUAGAGUGGGUUUCAUUAUUGCAAACAUUUUGGAUUUGUGUUACCUCUGAAAAAUCAAAUUAAUGAUUCGAAACAGAGAUCUCCAUAUAUAUCUUCGACUGAGGAAUUUCAUUUUGCACACCCCUAAUCAUUACAACAAUCAACACAUCUUGCAAGCUGUGCUUGUAAAUAGGCACUUGCCUGGUAGCCUGUGAUGAAUAAGAACUGCCUCAAGUGACCAGGCAGAAAGGUUUCGCAAUUAAAAAAAAUACUAUUGGUGCACAUGUGACCAAGAGGUAUGUGGCUUCCUCGUAAGGAUGUGUAAUAUCUGUCCUUUUAUAUCCUUGGAAUCUAGUUUUCCUCCCUAUGGACUUGGAUAACCAUGGAUAACCCCUGACAAAGCAAGUUCACAGACUAAUAUACCUUCUAGUGGCAGCCUGAUACAUUCAUAUAGACAUUUGAUUUUGCUAUGCAUAUGCACUUUUGCUCAUUUUGACACACUAGUCAUUCCAUUUUGAUACUUUGUCAAGGCUGAAAGACAAAAUAGUAAUGCUUAAAUAAAAUAAAUGACACAAAUAAAUACGUCAAAUGGUACAAUUUCAGAGUCUUUGACUUGGACCAAAAGAACCAAUAUUGGUAGCUUUGUUUUAAUAUUCUGGGCUAAUGCAAACUAAAAUGAAUGCUUAAGCAGGGUGGGAAAUAAAAUGUCUUUCAAUGUG